AUGUUUAGAGUUAAGACUUUUACAGUUCCAAGUAUAUUUUCAAGGAGGUUUUUGUCGUUCAAGACAUUAGAAACUCCAAAUCCAAAUGCAUUGAAGUUUAUUUCUCCAGAAUGCCAAAUUUUACCAAUUCCAAGCAAGACAUUCGAGUUCACAUCCACAUUGCAAGCAAUCCAUUCACCAUUGGCGUUGAAGCUCUUUAAGUUACAUGGAGUGAGAUCUAUUAUGUUGGGGGAGGAUUUCUUGACGGUGAAUAAGCAAGAUCAUAUUAACUGGGCUCAAUUGAGACCAGAAGUAGUGGAUUUACUUGAUGGAUUCUUGACCUCGAAGAAGGAGUCAGUGGUUACGAAAGAGUUAAUCGAGGAGAGCGAGAGAGAAAUAGAGAGCAGUGAAGAUGACCUGGAGAUUGUUUCGAUGAUUAAGGAAUUAAUUGAAACUAGAAUAAGACCUGCUAUCCAGGAUGAUGGUGGGGAUAUUGAGUUCAAAGGGUUCGAUGAAGAAACCGGCAAUGUGUUUUUGAAAUUGCAGGGUGCUUGUAAAACAUGUUCUUCAAGUGAAGAUACUUUAAAAAAUGGAAUUGAACAGAUGAUGAAACAUUACAUAGAUGGAGUUCAAGAAGUGAUACAGAUUCUCGACCCAGAAGAAGAGAUUGCACUCAAAGAAUUCGACAGAUUAGAGCAAAAGAUAAAACAAAAAAGUCAAGACUCUCCUCCACCUUCAUUGUGA